UUUUUUAAGGUAGCUAGACUCUCUUGCAGACUUUGAGUUUCCGUUCGAAGUAGAAAAACACAGAUUACAUCAGAGCACUCGAGGGUACAACAACAAAAGCGUCCACCGCAAAUAAGCUCUCAGGAUCUUAUCAGAUCCACUAAAAUUCUUUCUCGUCCUCCCUCUAUUUGUUAAUUAGUUUGUACAUUAAUGUAGAUAUCGAUCAAUUCCUGUGUUGCUGUGCCGAGCAAUCAAAUUUCAAAAAUUGAAUCGACGCUCUCUCAUUUCUAGGGUUUCUUGACUUGUUCCAUCAUUUCUGCGUCAAUUGGGGUGUUAAUUUAGGAGGAGGAGUGAGCAGGGCGUAAAAAUGGGUCGGAUCGUGACCUAGGGUUUGCAGAGGUCCGAGGUUUUCCUUCGAGUGCAUGAAGAUUUGGUGCUGCCUAUGCUUCACCCAAGAAGACGAACCAGAAGAGGAAGAUAGCGAGGGGGAGCCGAUCAUGAAGGAGGGAAAUUUCGAAAAUGAGGGCAACGCGGAGGGCGUUACCGGAAAUGGCGAGGAAGCCGAGGGGAACGUUCCAAGAUUAGGGCUUGCAUCCAUUGACCCUGGCCGCGACGGCAACGGCCAUCUACGAAUGUUCGAAGGGAUGGUCCAAGCAAUGCGUGGUGGUGCUCAAUGGGACGAGUCGGUCUGCGUUGGCGCUCUUGCGACAUUGAGGGCCGCGAUUAGGAGCCCACGGCUAUCCGAGGGCGAGAGUAGCUCGGCUUCCGCUGCAGACGACGGUGAUCACGAUUCGCACCAUAAGCGAGCCAAAGUUCACUCCUUUUCUCAUGACGUCCAUUGUGCAAUGGUGAUAUCUUCAGGUGCGGGAAAUUCCAGUUCAUCUGCAGACAGGGACUACAGAAUAAAUCAGGGCUCUAAUGUUCCAUAUAAGAGCGAGACUUUUUUUCAAAAUUUUACUCCGAAUAAUGGUGGUGAGGAGAGUCCCUUUGAUUCUGGCAGUGGGAAAGAUGAUGAAGGUGAUAAGAGUGGCACUUCAAAAACAGAAGAUUUAGAAGUUCGGAUGGAUCUGACGGAUGACCUAUUACAUAUGGUUUUCUCUUUCUUGGACCACAUUAAUCUUUGCCGAGCUGCUAUAGUCUGCAGGCAGUGGCGAGCUGCUAGUGCUCAUGAAGAUUUCUGGAGAUGUUUGAAUUUUGAGAAUCGGAACAUAUCUUUGGAGCAAUUUGAGGAUAUAUGUUGGCGGUAUCCCAAUGCCACAGAAUUGAAUAUUUCUGGUACCCCUGCUAUUCACUUGCUUGUUAUGAAAGCAAUCUCUUCAUUAAGGAAUCUUGAGGUUUUAAUCCUAGGGAAAGGGCAGCUAGGGGAUCUCUUUUUCCAUUCAUUAGCAGAGUGUCAAAUGCUGAAAAGUUUGAUUGUCAAUGAUGCCACUCUUGGUAAUGGUAUUCAGGAAAUACCUAUAAACCAUGAAAGACUGCGUCAUCUUCAAUUAACAAAGUGUCGUGUUAUGCGCAUAUCCAUCAGGUGUCCACAACUUGAAAAUCUGUCAUUGAAGCGCAGUAACAUGGCACAGGCUGUUCUUAAUAGCCCUCUUUUGCAUGAUCUUGAUAUGGGCUCUUGCCACAAGCUUUCGGAUGCUGCAAUUCGUUCAGCAGCAACUUCAUGCCCUCAAUUAGAGUCUCUAGAUAUGUCAAAUUGCUCAUGUGUUAGUGAUGAAACACUACGUGAGAUAGCUCUUACUUGUGCCAAUCUCCAUGUUCUCAAUGCGUCGUACUGUCCAAAUAUAUCCCUUGAGUCUGUAAGACUGCCAAUGUUGACAGUUCUUAAGCUUCACAGUUGUGAGGGCAUCACCUCAGCUUCGAUGGCUGCAAUAUCUCAUAGUUACAUGCUGGAGGUUUUGGAGCUUGACAAUUGCAGCCUACUUACCGCUGUGUCCUUGGAUCUCCCACGCUUGCAGAAUAUUAGACUAGUACAUUGUCGCAAGUUUGCUGAUCUAAAUCUAAGGUGCAUCAUGCUGUCAUCUAUUAUGGUGUCUAACUGCCCGGUGCUCCAUCGUAUCAACAUCACUUCAAAUUCACUUCUGAAACUAGCAUUGCAAAAGCAAGAAAGCUUAACUACGUUGGCACUGCAAUGCCAAUCUUUGCAAGAAGUGGACCUUACAGAUUGUGAAUCUUUAACAAAUUCUAUAUGUGAUGUUUUCAGUGAUGGUGGGGGUUGUCCUAUGCUCAAAAUGCUAGUUCUCGAAAACUGUGAGAGCUUAACAGCAGUUCGAUUCUGCAGCACUUCUUUAGUCAGUCUUUCACUUGUUGGUUGCCGGGCAAUCACUUCUCUUGAACUGACAUGCCCCUAUCUUGAACAAGUUUCUUUAGAUGGUUGUGAUCAUCUUGAAAGAGCAGCGUUUUGUCCAGUUGGUCUUAGAUCACUCAAUUUGGGAAUAUGUCCUAAAUUGAACGAGCUCAGUAUUGAAGCGCCAAAUAUGGUGCUGCUUGAGUUGAAGGGAUGUGGUGUAUUAUCUGAAGCAUCCAUCAAUUGUCCACUCUUGACCUCUCUAGACGCUUCCUUUUGCAGCCAGCUUAGGGAUGAUUGCUUGUCUGCAACAGCUGCUUCAUGCUCACUGAUCGAGUCUUUAAUUUUGAUGUCGUGCCCCUCUGUUGGUUCCGAUGGACUGUACUCUCUGCGCUGGCUUCCAAAUUUGACUCUGCUUGAUUUGUCCUACACUUUCUUGAUGAACUUGAAGCCAGUUUUUGAGUCUUGUAUGAAACUAAAGGUGCUAAAAUUGCAAGCCUGCAAGUACUUAUCUGACUCAUCCCUAGAGCCUCUUUACAAGGAAGGGACUCUUCCAGCUCUCCAGGAACUUGAUUUGUCUUAUGGAACACUAUGUCAGUCUGCUAUAGAGGAGCUCCUUUCUUUCUGUACACACUUAACUCAUGUGAGCUUGAAUGGCUGUGUAAACAUGCAUGACCUGAAUUGGGCUAGCAGUGGUGGGCGCCCUUCUGAAUUGUCAAGUAUUUCUGCCCCAUCUGGCAUGUUUUUGCCUCAGAGUGCCCACGAGCCAAUUGAGCAGCCAAACCGAUUACUGCAGAACCUCAACUGUGUAGGUUGUCCAAAUAUUAGGAAAGUUCUCAUUCCUCCAGCAGCACGUUGUUUCCACUUGUCGUCAUUAAACCUUUCUCUGUCUGCAAAUUUAAAGGAUGUCGAUGUUGCUUGUUUCAACCUCUGCUUUCUUAACUUGAGCAAUUGUUGUUCUUUGGAAGUUUUGAAGCUUGAUUGUCCUAAAUUGACUAGUCUCUUUCUUCAGUCUUGUAACAUUGAUGAAGCAGCAGUGGAAGCUGCCAUAUCAAAAUGUAGCAUGCUGGAGACUCUUGAUGUCCGUUUUUGUCCCAAGCUAUGUCCUAUGAGCAUGGGGAGAUUACGUUUGGCAUACCCAAGUUUGAAGCGCAUCUUCAGCAGCUUGUCAGUGUCUUGAUCAGAGCAAGAAAUGCAUCUCUUUUCUGCGGGACUUGUUGACUCAGCUUUUAGUGUGGCAAGCAGAUUUGGUCUAUCCAGGAACUUGUAUGUAAAUUGUGUCAUCUAUUGUGCUUGUAUUUGAUUUAGGUAUAUAGGUAGCGGACAUAGGCUUAUUAUGUAACCAUACAAUAAGUAAUGUUUGUUUCUAUGUUGGACUAUCAUUUGAUCCUCUUGAACUCAAUUUUUCAGGACGAGUGAAAUUCAAAACAAUCUGAAUUCUAUGUUUGUAUAGUGUACUGAAUUUGGUACUGUCUUUAUGUAAUGGCCCAAUAAAUUGUUUUCGUUCGUGAUUAA